AUGGCACAUCUCUUAAAAAACCCAAAAGUGAUGUGUAAAGCCAAAGAAGAGCUAUCAGAAGUGAUAGGUAAAGGGAAUUCAAUUGAAGAAUCACACAUGGAGAAGCUUCCAUAUUUACAAGCAAUCAUCUCAGAAGCUUUAAGAAUGCAAUCAUCAUUUCUAGUUCCACGAAAAUCAGAAUCAGAAGUAACAAUUUCAGGCUUUACAAUUCCAAAAGGGACUCAAAUUAUUGUGAAUUUAUGGGCUUCGUGUAGAGACCCAAAUUUAUGGGAAAAUCCAGAUGUGUUCAUGCCAGAGAGAUUCUUGGAACGUAAAGCAAGAAAUUUUGAGUUUAUUCCAUUUAGUCAUUGGGAGGAGGACUUGUCCUGGUCAGGGAAUGGCAAUGAGGAUGUUACAUUUGGUAGUUGGUUCUUUGAUUCAUUGCUUUGA